GGUAAAGUACGGCUAUUUUUUCAAAUGACGGUCGCUAGAAAUUCGUGGAGUGGUGGUUUUACGUGAUAAAAAUAAUCGAAAUGUGGAAGUGCCACCUUAUCAACUUCAUAUCCAUUUCACCCACAAAUUGCUGAUUUAGUUGAAAUAAAUUGUUAUUAAACGUGAAGUGGUGGUGAUUUUGUGUAAACUGGGUCCUGACAUUGAUGGACAAGCUUUCAAAUAUGCUCUAAAAUGGGUGAACAAGUCGAUUCCGACUAUUCCACCCUCACCGCGCGCAUUAUCAGCACCCUCCGCCAAAAAACCUUCCCUUUCGCCCAACAACUCGACAUUCUGCAGGACGUGAUCCAAUCCAAAACUGCCACCAAUCGGGACCACGUCCUCGACGAUUUAACAACCCUUCUGGUCCCCGUUUACCCCGGAAUCGAAAUCCGCCUCUUCGGGUCCGCCGCCCUAGACCUCGACGUCCCCGGCAGCCCCCUUGAUGUCUACGUCGGGAACGUGGAAAUCACCACAACCGAACAAACGUCGUUACAACUACUCCGCACCGUUAUUUCCUGUUGCGGCAAAUUCGAUAACAUUUUGGUGACCGCAAGAGGCCAAUUUCCGCAGCUGAAAUGCAGACACACCGCAACUCAGAUAACGUGCUUUUUGAGCAUAAACAAGUCGGUCAUGCGCAGCACGGAAUUAAUCAAGUAUUACUUAAGUCUGGAUGAGAAAAUUCGCCCCUUGUUGUUGACGCUUAAAUUCUGGGCUAAGUACCACGGGGUGGUACAAGAGCAGGGGUUUUCCACCUACGUGUUGUACCUUCUAGUGGUUUUUUAUUUACAACAAGAACCGUACAAGCUUCCAGGGUUGGUAAGUCUGCGCGAAGAAGAACAUACAUGGUGUACCCCUAACGAAAUGGAGUUUCCCGACCUAAAAAACGCAACGAUUUUUGAGUUAGUGAGCGGGCUUUUUAAAUUUUACGACACGUUUGACUACGUUUCGUACGUGGUGGCCCCAUUUUGUGGGUUGGCUUUAGACAAGACGUGUUUUUUGAAACCGUGUGUACUACCGUCAUGUUAUGGUCACUACAUUGAUUUAAAAAAAAUCUUGGAUGUGGAUUGUGGGAUGUGCGUUCAAGAUCCGUUCAACCUCGCGUUGAAUUUUUUAAACGGAACCCCACUCACUUCCGGCGGGAAUUUUACGUCACAAUGUCGCAACUCUCUGAUUACUCGAGAAUGCCCCUUUUUGACGAGCAUGUUGCGUCUUUCCGAAAAUCAACGUUUCACGAUUAAUAAGCUUGAGGGGUUUACAGAGGACGAAUGGGCGAGUUGCGUGAUCAAAGUAACUUCUUCGAUUCUAGACAGAAUUUGCGGGUAUCAGAUGAAAGUCGUGCGAGUCAAACCUCACCAAUAUCUGUACAACUGUAGCGGAUUAAAUAUGGACGAUUUUUGGGAAAGUCGUGUCCAGGUUUUGAAAGAUUUGCAGUCGGAGUGGUCCGCUGGUUCGAGUGAAAUGUGUAAAGAGAUUGAUGUGACGACGAGUUAUAUUAGGGCGCGGUCCAAGCAAGAGACGUCGAAGAAGUCUGGGGUUAUUAUUGAAGUUAAGUUUGGGAAUAAUCCGGGGCGGGUGGAUGUGUGUUUUAAGAAGUUGGAUGGAGAUACGCACUUUGAGCACUAUUUUCGGGUGAAAAUGGUGGCGUUUUUGAAGGAGAUGGCCAUGAAGAAGUAUUUGUCGGGGCAGGAUGGGGCGAAAGCUGCGCAAGGUAAAUUCACGGAUUUGAAAUUGCUGGUGAACGCCUUCAUCCAAAAAGACAACACUUUCGCUGAACAAGUCGCCAAAUUGCAAACCCAGUUCGAGGAAUACACCCAACACAUGGAAACCGUGCGUGACGACUUAGCCACAAUUCUACUACCCUGGUUUCCUGGAAGUACCGUCCACCUGGCAACCGCAAACCUAGACAUUCUUAGCAGUUUCCUACACCUGUGUGUAGGUGGAACCGAAACCCACAACUCCGCCAUCUUCUUAAUCCAAAACGUAAUCCGCCAAAGCGGGAAAUUCGACAGCGUCAAGAUAAUCGCAGCGGCCGAAAUCUGGUGCAGACACGUCAAAACGCACACUCUAUGCCACGUAAACGUCAACGACGUAGUCGUAAAAAGAGCACGACUGAUAGAAAAUUAUAUGAACUUGGAGGAUAAAGUGUACACUUUGUUGCUAGUGAUAACGUACUGGGCGCAUUGCUAUGAACUAGUGAGUCCCGAGGGCUUAUCCACCUAUUCGUUGUGUCUUUUGGUAAUUUUCUACCUCCAGCAAAAACCAUACAAGCUUCCGGCCGUCAAAGAUUUGCAGCCGGAUUUUAAAACACGUUCGAAUUUUCAAAAAGCGUCACUUUUUGACUUGGUGAACGGUUUUUUCAAAUUUUACGACAAUUUCGACUAUCUUUAUUUUAUGAUCACCCCGUAUUGCGGCUACGCUAUUGAAAAAACGCGGUUUUUGAAACCGUAUGACCUGCCGGCGUGCUAUUCCGACUAUGCUAAGCAACGAAGAGAUUUGAGUGUUAACGUAAUCAUGUGUGUUCAAGAUCCUUUUGACCAUUGUAAAAACGUGCUACAAGGAGCUUCUGCUUUGUGUGGUGGUAGUUUCGCUUGGAGGUGUAGACACUCUAUAAUUACUACUUCAGAUGAAGAUCUUUUGCUCUAUAACGUGUUGAAUCAACCCCAGUGCCGUAAAUUGAGUAUAAAUAAGGUCGAUAAUUGUAGUUUAGACGAAUGGCUUGCGUGUCUAGAGAGUAUCACUCCUGAGGUUUUACGAAAGAUUUUUCAUUUCACUGUAACCGACGAGGAAUGGAAGCCCGAAAUUCAGCAAGUUAGUUACAAUUGUGCUGCCAACAGCGACGUGUGGAAAGGUAGAAUUAGCGUCCUCAAGUCGCUACUGUCGAAAUUUCCGGCCGGAAUUACCGAAAUGGAAAAGGAAAUUGCCGUGACGUCACAAACCCUCAAGCGGAACAAAGCAGAAGCUUUCAAAAGAAACAUUAUUGUCGACCUCAUGUAUAAAAUGAACCCGACUAGAGUGGAAAUUGUUGUAAGAGGCUGCGACGUACCGUCCAGGAAACUGGACAUGGAGCAGUUUCUUCGCGUGAAGUUAGGACAAUUCAUCAACGAAUCGCUUUGUGACAAAACCCAAAGUACCACUUCUGAACAAGCCGUACCUUCUACUAGUGAUUUUUUUGAUUCUUCACCAAGUGUAUUGUUGAAGCGAAAGACCAAAUCUAGAUCUUCUGACUCGGGUGAUGAACGAUCGAGAUCUAGAUCGUCGAGAUCGUCAAGGAGUUUGAAGCGAAAUCAGAGAAGCAGCGAAUCAAGGUCUAGAUCUAUCUCGCUCGAAACAAAAAGAGCGAAGCGGGCGCAAAGCGAAAAAUCGGCUUCUAGAUCGAGAUCAAGAUCACGUGGAAGAGACACAAGAUCUAGAUUGUCUGAAGACUCCCAGAAGCAACUCCUCGAACAGAGAAAGUCGUUUUUAGAAGAGGUUCGCGAGACGCUCAAAGAAGUGAGUACACCGGUGGUACCUCUAGCGUCAUUUUUAAACGAGUUGAACAUUUUCGGACGAAACAAAUCACCACCAGGCCGCGUUUUGGGAAUCAAUGAAGCCAAUUUAAGAGUGGUACCUACGGUUGAUUCGCUACCAGACCAAACUGAAGUUUUGACAGAAAUGGUUUUGGUACUACUAGACGAGGCACGGACUCGAGUUCAAGAACAAAAAGACAAAAUAAUGUUGCAGUGCCUGAAGACGCUCAAUGUGAUGACCUUUCAAACUUCCAAGCCACUUCGAGUGGUACCACCACGUCAACCCCGCACCAAGCCACCAGGACACCCAUCACCACUGUUAAAGUCGCAGAAAAAGUUCAAGUUUACGUUCGUGUCGCAAAAAAACUGUGUCAAUAGAUUUGAGAGGAUCCUCCUCCAGAUUCUACGGGCACUGGGUAUUUGUAGCGAGUCGGACGACAUUUCGGAGGUUAUGGACGAGGUUGUUGAGGCUUUGGGUUCUAAAGACGGUGUCGACAAGGAGACGGCUGCAAAAAUUUUGCAGAUUUCGUUAUUAGGGGCAAUGGAAGGUUUUAAAUCCCCGGAAAUGGUAGACGUGGGGACGCAAUGUUGUAUGGAAAAGAAAGGUACUGAAGCAUGGGUACUCCGUGAUCCUAGAAGGGCUUCUAUGUUCUAUAUGGAAACGGAAAAUGGUAAAACUGGAAAUUCACGUGUCGUGUUAGAGCAACUACAACUCAAAGAGAUGUCGUACUAAGACUGGUUAGAAUUACCAAAGAACUGUCACUUGCAGUAUUACGUUUAGGUAUAAUUGUUACAAACAAAGUUUCAUAUUUUUUUAUU